AUGGGAGUGCCGCCAUGGAUCAUAGGGGCCACAGUAAACGUAGUAGGGUCGUUAGCUAUCAACCUGGGCACGAAUGUGAUCAAGCUAUCACACGACAAGGCUGAAGUCAUCAAUGAGCGCAGAAGAGAUAGUGUGAGCGCAUACCAAUCCAAAUGGUUCUUCAUAGGACUAUUUCUCUUUGUGACAGGGAAUGUCUUGAACUUCGUAUCAAUG